AUGCCCUCUCGACGCCGCCGGCAACCCGCCUACGCCGCAGCGGAGCAAAGGAAGAAAACGGCAGAAAUGCAGCAGCAGCCGGAAGCCGCUUCCUGCGAAGCAGGGGCGCCAGACGAGGCGAAGAAGACGGAGGCAGUGGCCCCUGAGGUCUCGCCCAUGGCACCCAUCCCCCCUCCCACCGCAGCACGCCAAGGGGGACAGGCGGCGGAGGUGCCGCCAACCGCAACGCCCACGUCUGUCGCUCCAACGGAUGCGAAGCGGGCGGUGCUAACGAAAAUGGUAACUAAACGUAAGCCAAAGAUGGCAUUUUUAUUCGAUAACGAGGAGACAAAGGGGGCGGAGCACAAGGAGGAACCGAGCGGGACGAAGGAGGCCGUUCCAAAGCGAAAACCAAAGCUUCCGUUUCUCUUCAAUGAAGAAGGCACGCACGACGGAGCGGCGGCGCAGAAACAGCCACAGCCAGAGGUGCCGCAGGCGAACCCGGUUGUGGAAACCGCCCCGAAAACAAAUACACGCAUAGAUGAAGUGAAAAAAGAAACCAUAGAGAAAAUAAGUGCGGAGGCUGACUGGAGCGGUGCUGCCCCGACACGGACGGUAGCAGCGACUUCCCCACGACAAAAAAUGGCGAUCUCCAAGAACGUGAAACUAUACCGCAGGAUGCGGAGGGAGCCCCAUGAGGCAACGAACAACACCGCGGCGGUGGAAAAGGCAGAGGAGCGAAGCAAUAACAGCGCCCCCACAAACUCUACAAAUGUUCAGGUGGAGAUGAAAAAGACGCAACAGCUACACACUGACGAUGGAAAGGCGUCUCCACCUUUCACAGAGCCCACGGAGAAGACGCUGCACGAAAGCAGUGGAAAAGAACGGCAUGAACACACCGCAGAGAAAUUUUCUGAGGCCCCAAAGGAAGACGUCAAACGGAAACACACUGCCACGAUGUCUAAACUAAUGAGACACGGUCGCCACUUCCAAAACUGCAAAACAGCAGCGGACUCACCGUCGAACACGAGUGAAAACGCCCAAACUCAGACCAAAGAGGAGGUUGAAGUGCCAGAGGUCAUUGAACCUGGGGCUACGUCCGAAAUUGCACAGCGAACGCCAGUAUGUAACGACCAGCCAAAAUUACCACAGUCUUUGGAUGGAAUCCGAGCUGUUGAAAACUCGAAAACUGCAGAAAUGCCUCGACACACAAUCAAAAAACACGAAAAAAAAAAGACUAAAAAAUCUUUAGUAAAGAGAAAGUUUAUGAAAGAAAUGGCAGAGAAACAAGCUGCAAGUAAGCAGGCUGAAGAAGAGGCAGCACGCAAGCAGGCGGAGGAGGAGGCAGCACGUAAGCAGGCGGAGGAAGAGGCAGCACGUAAGCAGGCUGAGGAAGAGGCUGCACGCAAGCAGGCUGAGGAGGAGGCCGCACGUAAACAGGCGGAGGAGGAGGCAGCACGCAAGCGGGCUGAGGAAGAGGCCGCACGCAAGCGGGCUGAGACGGCUGCACGCAAGAAGGCACGUGAAGAAGCUGAGCGAAAAAGGGCCGAAGACGAGGCCGCACGGAAAAGAGCUCGAAGAGAAGCGCGGGAAAGGGCAAAGGAAAUUGUGAAGCAGAGGCGAGCUAAGGAAGAGGCCGCACGUAAACAGGCGGAGGAAGAGGCCGCACGUAAGCAGGCGGAGGAGGAGGCCGCACGUAAACAGGCGGAGGAAGAGGCCGCACGUAAGCAGGCUGAAGAGGAGGCCGCACGCAAGCAGGCUGAGGAAGAGGCUGCACGCAAGCAGGCGGAGGAGGAGGCCGCACGCAAGCAGGCUGAGGAAGAGGCUGCACGCAAGCGGGCUGAGGAGGCUGCACGCAAGAAGGCACGUGAAGAAGCUGAGCGAAAAAGGGCCGAAGACGAGGCCGCACUGAAAAGAGCUCGAAGAGAAGCGCGGGAAAGGGCAAAGGAAAUUGUGAAGCAGAGGCGAGCUAAGGAAGAGGCCGCACGUAAACAGGCGGAGGAGGAGGCCGCACGCAAGCAGGCUGAAGAGGAGGCUGCACGUAAGCGGGCUGAGGAAGAGGCAGCACGUAAGCAGGCGGAGGAAGAGGCCGCACGCAAGCAGGCUGAAGAGGCCGCACGUAAGCAGGCUGAGGAAGAGGCUGCACGCAAGCAGGCGGAGGAAGAGGCCGCACGUAAGCAGGCGGAGGAGGAGGCCGCACGUAAGCAGGCUGAAGAGGAGACCGCACGCAAGCAGGCUGAGGAAGAGGCUGCACGCAAGCGGGCUGAGGAGGCUGCACGCAAGAAGGCACGUGAAGAAGCUGAGCGAAAAAGGGCCGAAGACGAGGCCGCACGGAAAAGAGCUCGAAGAGAAGCGCGGGAAAGGGCAAAGGAAAUUGUGAAGCAGAGGCGAGCUAAGGAAGAGGCCGCACGUAAACAGGCGGAGGAGGAGGCCGCACGCAAGCAGGCUGAAGAGGAGGCUGCACGUAAGCGGGCUGAGGAAGAGGCAGCACGUAAGCAGGCGGAGGAAGAGGCCGCACGCAAGCAGGCUGAAGAGGCCGCACGUAAACAGGCUGAGGAAGAGGCCGCACGUAAGCAGGCGGAGGAGGAGGCCGCACGUAAACAGGCGGAGGAAGAGGCCGCACGUAAGCAGGCUGAAGAGGAGGCCGCACGCAAGCAGGCUGAGGAAGAGGCUGCACGCAAGCAGGCGGAGGAGGAGGCCGCACGCAAGCAGGCUGAGGAAGAGGCUGCACGCAAGCGGGCUGAGGAGGCUGCACGCAAGAAGGCACGUGAAGAAGCUGAGCGAAAAAGGGCCGAAGACGAGGCCGCACGGAAAAGAGCUCGAAGAGAAGCGCGGGAAAGGGCAAAGGAAAUUGUGAAGCAGAGGCGAGCUAAGGAAGAGGCCGCACGUAAACAGGCGGAGGAGGAGGCCGCACGCAAGCAGGCUGAAGAGGAGGCUGCACGUAAGCGGGCUGAGGAAGAGGCAGCACGUAAGCAGGCGGAGGAAGAGGCCGCACGCAAGCAGGCUGAAGAGGCCGCACGUAAACAGGCUGAGGAAGAGGCUGCACGCAAGCAGGCGGAGGAGGAGGCAGCACGCAAGCAGGCGGAGGAAGAGGCAGCACGUAAGCAGGCGGAGGAAGAGGCCGCACGCAAGCAGGCUGAAGAGGCUGCACGUAAGCGGGCUGAAGAAGAGGCAGCACGCAAGCAGGCGGAGGAGGAGGCUGCACGCAAGCAGGCUGAGGAAGAGGCUGCACGCAAGCGGGCUGAAGAGGAGGCCGCACGUAAGCAGGCUGAGGAGGAGGCUGCACGUAAGCAGGCGGAGGAGGAGGCAGCACGCACGAGGGCGGAAGUUCAGGAAGAGAAGGCUGAACUUAGCGUGAAGGAGCGACGGAAGUUGGCAAAGAAGAAGAUAGAGCGUUAUCGAAAGAAGGCUGCGAUGCGUCAGUCGAAUCCCGUUACUGACAAGACUGUUGUGGCGGCUGCAGUCGCUCAAGAAGUUAUGGAUGUCCCGCUUGUGAGCGUGCAUGCUUGUGGAGCUAGUUCGGCUAGCGAUGCCUCUGCAGCCGUCCCCUCCGAGUCGAAACUCCUGGCGGAGGCCCUGGAAUUUCCGAACAGCAGCGUGACCAUAGAUCGCUUUGACGACAAUGAACUGGUUGCGCGGCGGCGCAGUACCGAUGACGCGUGGGAGAUUGGGUUGCGCUUUGAUUGGACCAUCAAAACCUUGGCGAUUGGUUCGAUGCCAUCGUUCAGUUUGACUGACCCACGGAGGCUGCACCCGUUUAUGCAACGGUACCAGUCGCGGCCGGUGUGGUUCCUUGAGGAGGUCAACGGUGCCAAAGCAAAUAAUAUCCGUGAGGUGAUGGAUAUCCUUAAAAAGAGCCUCACGGCUCGUUUUGUUUUCAGAAAAUGA